AUGUCUGGAACUACCAAAUACACAGCAGCGCCGCAGCGCGACUCGUUUGAUGAGACAGCGAACUACAGUCAGGCUCCUCCCUCCUAUGCGGAUCAGCCUUCCAGCUCGUCUACAGAUCAAGAAGCUCUUCUUGGAGGCGCUCCAAGGAGCAGCGAAGAUAAUAUACCAGAUGACUUCAAGUUCGGCGGCUCAGUGUCUGAAGCAUCGAUAGAUAUCCGCAUGGCCUUUGUCCGAAAGGUCUAUGCUAUUCUUUCUGUUCAACUUAUUGCGACUGCGGUCCUGAGUUCCGUCUCUUUCUUCAGCAACUCAUACAGAGACUGGAUCCAAAGUAAUCAGUGGAUGAUGUGGCUUUCGCUUUUCGGUGCUAUCGGUUUUAUGAUCCUCACAUACUGGAAACGCAAGUCAUAUCCCACGAACCUUCUGUUCCUCAGUGGCUUCACAGCUUUCGAGGCAUAUUCAGUGUCGGUCAUCGUAUCGUUCUACCAGUCCAGAAUCGUCCUCCAAGCAGUGCUUCUGACAGCCGGAAUCUUCGUUGCUCUUACACUAUUUGCCUGCCAGACAAAGUAUGAUUUUACUUCCUGGAUGCCAUAUCUCUUCGGAGGACUCUGGUGCCUAAUUCUCUUCGGCUUCAUGGCUGCCUUCUUCCCUCACAGCAGUACAGUUGAGUUGGUAUAUUCCGGUAUUGGAGCUCUGAUAUUCUCGGCAUAUAUAUUGGUCGAUACCCAACUUAUCAUGAGACAUUAUCAUGUCGAGGAAGAGAUUGCGGCCGCAAUCAGCCUCUACCUUGAUAUCAUCAACCUGUUCCUCAAUAUUCUCCGCAUUCUCAACAGCCAGCAAAACAACUAA